AUGAGUGAUAGGGAAUUCGUCACGGUAGAUCCCGUCACUAUCAUAAUCAAAGAAUGCAUUAAUUUAUCGACAGCGAUGCGGAAAUACUCUAAAUUUACCUCUCAAUCUGGAGUGGCCGCUUUGCUGGGGGGAGGAAGUGAAAUAUUUAGCAAUCAAGAUGACUACUUGGCUCACACAUUCAACAAUUUGAAUACCAACAAGCACAAUGAUCCAUUUUUAUCUGGAUUCAUUCAGUUAAGACUUAUGUUGAAUAAACUGAAAAAUCUAGAUAAUAUAGAUUCACUAACCAUAUUGCAGCCAUUUUUAUUAAUUGUGAGUACAAGUUCCAUUUCUGGUUACAUCACUUCCCUGGCCCUGGACUCUUUGCAGAAAUUCUUUACCUUGAAUAUCAUCAAUGAAUCAUCGCAAAACUAUAUUGGUGCACACAGGGCGACGGUAAAUGCUCUAACACAUUGUAGGUUUGAAGGAUCUCAACAACUUUCUGAUGAUUCAGUUCUUUUGAAAGUCGUGUUUUUACUGCGUUCAAUCGUCGACUCACCUUACGGAGAUUUAUUAUCAAACUCUAUCAUAUAUGACGUAUUGCAAACGAUUCUUUCAUUGGCUUGUAAUAACAGAAGGAGCGAAGUCCUUAGGAAUGCUGCACAAUCAACAAUGAUAGCCGUUACCGUAAAGAUUUUCUCAAAACUAAAGACUAUUGAGCCUGUUAAUGUGAAUCAAAUAUACAUCAAUGAUGAAAGUUACACAAAUGAUGUAUUGAAGGCCGAUACAAUUGGCACAAAUGUAGAAUCCAAAGAAGAAGGAAGUCAAGAAGAUCCCAUCGGCAUGAAAGUGAAUAAUGAGGAAGCUAUUAGCGAGGACGAUGGCAUUGAAGAAGAGCAUAUUCAUUCAGAGAAGAGCACAAAUGGCGCCGAACAACUAGAUAUUGUGCAAAAAACAACAAGAUCAAAUUCCAGGAUCCAAGCGUAUGCUGAUGAUAACUAUGGAUUGCCCGUGGUUAGGCAAUAUUUAAACUUAUUACUAUCAUUGAUUGCGCCAGAAAAUGAAUUAAAACAUUCAUACUCCACUAGAAUAUUUGGCCUAGAGUUAAUUCAAACGGCAUUAGAAAUUUCAGGUGAUCGAUUGCAGCUAUACCCACGGCUUUUUACACUGAUAUCAGAUCCUAUUUUCAAAAGCAUUUUGUUUAUCAUACAGAACACUACAAAAUUAUCACUACUUCAAGCUACAUUGCAGCUAUUUACUACUCUAGUUGUUAUAUUGGGCAACAACUUACAAUUACAGAUCGAGCUCACUCUAACAAGAAUAUUUUCUAUUCUUUUAGAUGAUGGUACCGCAAAUAACUCGAGUUCUGAAAAUAAGAACAAGCCAUCAAUAAUAAAGGAACUUCUAAUUGAGCAAAUAUCCAUCUUAUGGACUAGGUCGCCAUCUUUUUUUACUUCUACUUUUAUCAAUUUCGAUUGUAAUCUCGAUAGGGCAGACGUUUCCAUAAACUUUUUGAAGGCUUUGACUAAAUUGGCCUUACCAGAAUCCGCCUUAACUACCACAGAAAGUGUACCACCCAUUUGCCUUGAGGGAUUGGUCUCCCUAGUCGAUGAUAUGUUCGAUCACAUGAAGGACAUUGACAGAGAAGAAUUUGGCAGGCAAAAGAAUGAAAUGGAAAUCUUAAAAAAGAGGGACCGUAAAACAGAGUUUAUUGAAUGUACCAAUGCAUUCAAUGAAAAGCCCAAAAAGGGUAUUCCGAUGUUAAUAGAAAAAGGUUUCAUUGCUUCCGACUCCGAUAAAGAUAUUGCGGAGUUUCUUUUCAAUAAUAACAACCGUAUGAAUAAAAAAACAAUCGGUUUGCUACUUUGCCAUCCGGACAAAGUAAGCUUGUUGAAUGAAUAUAUUCGUUUGUUUGAUUUUUCAGGGUUAAGGGUCGAUGAAGCUAUUAGAAUUUUGUUGACGAAAUUUAGGUUGCCUGGUGAAUCGCAACAAAUUGAAAGAAUCAUCGAAGCCUUCUCGUCUGCGUAUUGUGAAAAUCAAGAUUACGAUCCAUCCAAAAUCAGUGACAACGCGGAGGAUGACAUUUCUACUGUUCAACCAGACGCUGAUUCUGUUUUCAUUUUAAGUUAUUCAAUUAUUAUGUUGAACACUGACCUACAUAACCCUCAAGUGAAGGAACACAUGUCAUUUGAAGAUUACUCUGGUAACUUAAAGGGAUGCUGUAAUCACAAAGACUUCCCAUUCUGGUAUUUGGAUAGAAUUUACUGUUCAAUCAGAGAUAAAGAAAUUGUUAUGCCUGAAGAGCACCACGGCAACGAAAAGUGGUUUGAAGAUGCUUGGAAUAACUUGAUAUCUUCAACUACUGUUAUAACUGAAAUAAAAAAAGACACACAAUCUGUCAUGGAUAAAUUAACACCCUUGGAGCUUUUGAACUUUGAUAGAGCAAUUUUUAAACAAGUUGGCCCAAGUAUUGUCAGUACUUUAUUCAACAUUUACGUAGUUGCAUCUGAUGACCAUAUAUCUACCAGAAUGAUAACAAGUUUGGACAAAUGUUCCUAUAUUUCCGCAUUUUUUGACUUCAAAGAUCUCUUUAAUGAUAUACUAAACUCCAUUGCUAAGGGCACUACUUUGAUUAAUUCAAGCCAUGACGAUGAACUUUCAACUUUAGCUUUUGAAUAUGGCCCAAUGCCACUGGUGCAAAUUAAAUUCGAAGACACUAACACUGAGAUCCCGGUUAGUACAGAUGCUGUUAGAUUUGGUAGAUCAUUUAAGGGUCAACUAAAUACAGUUGUUUUUUUCCGGAUUAUUCGCAGGAACAAAGAUCCUAAAAUUUUCUCCAAGGAAUUAUGGUUAAACAUUGUUAAUAUUAUACUAACAUUGUACGAAGACUUGAUUUUGUCUCCUGAUAUUUUCCCUGAUUUACAAAAAAGACUGAAAUUAAGCAACUUGCCUAAGCCAUCUCCUGAAAUUUCUAUUAACAAGAGCAAAGAAAGCAAAGGUCUCUUAUCAACAUUUGCUUCUUAUUUAAAAGGUGAUGAAGAACCCACAGAAGAGGAAAUCAAAUCCUCAAAAAAAGCGAUGGAGUGCAUAAAGUCGAGUAAUAUUGCCGCCUCUGUCUUUGGAAAUGAAUCAAAUAUAACAGCGGAUUUAAUAAAAACUUUACUAGACUCCGCCAAAACUGAGAAAAACGCAGAUAAUUCCAGGUAUUUUGAAGCAGAACUUUUAUUUAUCAUCGAAUUGACUAUUGCAUUAUUUCUAUUUUGCAAAGAGGAGAAAGAAUUAGGAAAGUUCAUACUUCAAAAAGUUUUCCAACUUUCUCACACGAAAGGCCUCACGAAAAGGACUGUUCGUAGAAUGCUAACAUACAAAAUUUUGUUAAUUUCGUUAUGUGCGGAUCAGACGGAGUACUUGUCCAAAUUAAUAAACGAUGAGCUGUUAAAAAAGGGGGAUAUUUUUACCCAAAAAUUUUUUGCAACUAAUCAAGGUAAGGAAUUUUUGAAGAGACUAUUUUCAUUGACCGAAUCAGAGUUUUAUAGAGGAUUUUUACUAGGAAAUGAGAAUUUUUGGAAAUUUUUAAGAAAAGUUACAGCAAUGAAAGAGCAGAGCGAGAGCAUUUUUGAAUAUUUAAAUGAAUCGAUCAAGACAGACAGCAAUAUUUUGACAAAUGAGAACUUCAUGUGGGUCCUAGGACUAUUAGAUGAAAUUUCAUCAAUGGGUGCCGUUGGAAAUCACUGGGAAAUAGAAUACAAGAAAUUGACAGAAAGUGGUCAUAAAAUUGAUAAGGAGAAUCCAUACAAGAAAUCGAUCGAAUUAUCAUUGAAAUCCAUUCAACUAACAUCACACUUGCUGGAAGAUAAUAACGAUCUGCGUAAAAACGAGAUAUUCGCUAUUAUUCAAGCUUUGGCACAUCAAUGCAUCAAUCCGUGUAAGCAGAUAAGUGAAUUUGCAGUGGUAACGCUAGAGCAGACGCUCAUCAAUAAAAUCGAAAUUCCAACUAAUGAGAUGGAAUCGGUAGAAGAAUUAAUUGAGGGCGGAUUACUACCGUUGCUAAAUUCGAGUGAAACACAGGAAGACCAGAAAAUCCUCAUUUCAUCCAUAUUAACAAUAAUUUCAAAUGUUUAUUUGCAUUAUUUGAAACUAGGGAAGACAAGCAACGAAACGUUUUUGAAAAUUUUGAGUAUUUUCAAUAAAUUUGUAGAGGACUCAGAUAUUGAAAAAAAGCUACAGCAAUUAAUACUUGAUAAGAAGAGUAUUGAGAAGGGCAACGGUUCAUCAUCUCAUGGAUCUGCACAUGAACAAACACCAGAGUCAAACGACGUUGAAAUUGAGGCUACUGCGCCAAUUGAUGACAAUACAGACGAUGAUAACAAACCGAAGUUAUCUGAUGUAGAAAAGGAUUAA